AUGGCACGCGCUCCCUCGUCAAUUCUUAUCGUCGGGUCCGGCGUCUUCGGCCUAGGAACGGCCUACGCUCUCACCCAGAGGCCCUUGUUCGACAACACGACCAUCACCGUGGUGGAUUGUGCUGAUGGCCAAUUCCCCCCGGAGGAUUCUGCCAGUGUAGACUCUUCUCGAAUCAUCCGGGCAGACUACUCAGACCGCGACUACGCUGCCCUUGCUGCUGAGGCACAGCAGCAAUGGCGGCAGCAGGCUGAUCACGAGGUCGGCGGUGAGGGACGAUACUCAGAAUCGGGAUUGCUCCUGUGCGCCGAUACCCCUCCUAAGGACUAUUCGUAUAAGAAGUGCGGCAUGGAUUAUACCAAGGAGAGCUGGAAGAACGUCAUGGAGAUCGCCAAGGAGACGGGCUUGCCCCAAGAUAAGAUCCAGCUGCUGGAGAGCACCCAGGCCAUGCAGAACUUCCUCAAGACCGAUGGCCACCCUGGAGAUUGGGGUUAUAUCAACAACCUGUCCGGAUGGGCCGACGCGGGAAAGGGAAUGAAGUGGCUCUAUGAGAAGACCAAGGCCACCGGCAGAGUAAACUUCGUCGACGCCAAGGUGGAGGAGCUGGUGACGGAAGGCGAGCAGGUAACUGGUGUGAAGCUGGCCGACUCGAGGGUCUUUAAGGCUGAUGUGGUGUUUGUCGCCGCUGGUGCUUGGACGGGCUCCUUGGUCGAUCUGCGAGGUCGGUCAGAAGCCACCGGACAUCCAGUUGCCUAUGUGGCCAUCAGCCCAGAGGAGGAGAAGGCCCUCGAAAGGCUUCCCGUUGUUCUGAACCUGAGCACCGGUCUGUUCGUCAUCCCCCCGCGAGACGGGCUUCUCAAGUUCGCCCGCCACGACUUUGGCUACGUCAACCCCACCACCAUCACGCGAGCGCUGCCUGUCUCGCACAAGGCCAAGCGGGAGACCUUCCUCGCCUCGCAACCCUAUACCUCCCGCGUCGAUGCUUCAGACCCCUUCCCCGCAGAGGCCGACCAGGAUCUGCGCCGCGCACUGACCGACCUGAUCCCAAUCCGGGGCUUGGAGAACCGGCCGUGGAAGAAGACCCGCAUCUGCUGGUACGCGGACACGCGAGACGGCGAGUGGCUCGUCGACUGGCACCCGGGCUGGAAGGGCUUGUUUAUCGCGACUGGAGACAGCGGCCACGGCUUCAAGUUCCUGCCCAACCUGGGCGACAAGAUCGUCGACGUGCUGCUGGGCGAGGGCGGCAGGUUGGCCGAGAAGUGGCGAUGGCGGGAAAUGCCCAACGACGGCGCCGGACGAGAGACGGACGGCGUCUACAAGGGACUCAUCACUGAGGAUGGUAGCCGCGGAGGCCAGAUGUUGGUGUUGAAGGACGAGUUGGCUAAGGGCAAGGCCCAGAACAUUUUGAAGGCGAAGCUGUGA